AUGCCGAGCCCUGGUUUUGUGCCUAUUUUAACUAUACUCACUAUACUUAAUACUCCAACGUUGAUAAUUCACAACGUGAAUCCCACAGUCGAGAGACUGGAAGAAAUUUCAACGACAGAAUUGGGAGAAGGACCCCACUGGGAUGUAGAAACUCAAAGUUUAUAUUUUGUGGAUCUGUUUGGACAGGCGAUUCAUAGAUACGUUCCUGCUACUAGGCAACAUACUAAAGCCGUUUUAGAUACAUUCACAGUUCUAACUGAAGCAGAUUAUAGAAAUAGUCUUACCGGUGAUAGGCUGAUUCAAGGGCCAAAGCGUUCAGGGAAAAAUUUGAUUUCACUAAUUCUCCCCGUUAGAGGGCAAAAGGAUAGGUUUGUUGUUAGUGUUAAUCGAACACUAGUUAUAGUUACAUGGGAUGGAGUGAGUGACAUAGUAACUAAUGUUGAAAAAAUUAUAGAAGUUGACACUGAAACAGAAUUGAUUAGCAACAGAUUUAACGAUGGUAAAUGCGAUCCUUCUGGAAGAAUAUGGGCAGGUACUAUAGGAGAAGAUCCUACAAACAUAAACAUUGCAGGUUCUCUAUUUUCAAUUGAAUAUGGUCGAGCAGUUCAACAUUUAAGACAAAUACAAAUUUCUAAUGGUUUAGCAUGGAAUGAACAGUUACAAAAAAUGUACUAUAUUGAUUCCUUCACAAGAUCUGUAUAUGAGUUUGAUUUUGAUAUUAUAAAUGGAAGAAUUUACAAUGGACAGACCAUUUUCAAUCUAACGAACCACAACAUAGAAGGAUUUCCUGAUGGUAUGACUAUAGAUGUUGAUGGUAACCUGUGGGUAGCUGUUUUUAGUGGAUAUCGCGUAAUAAAAAUUGAUCCAAGGCAACCAGAAACCCUCUUGGCCACAAUUCCUAUUCCAGCAAAACAGAUUUCAUCUGUAGCAUUUGGUGGACCUAACCUUGAUGAGCUGUAUGUAACAUCAGGAACAUUUACUACUGAUGGAGAAGUACUUUAUCCACCAGAACAUGGAGGAACUUACAGAGUUACAGGAUUGAACACCAGAGGCUAUCCAGGAGUAUCUGCUGUAUUAUAA